GACGAGAGGGAAACCGAAACGAGCAGUCGACGCGCGCAAGCCGCAGCGUGAACACCUAUUCCGAGUGGACUCUUUUUAUACUCGUACGCGUUCGGGGUUCACUUACUACUUCUACCUUCGCUCUUUCUUCUCUUUCUUCAACUUAUCGGUCCUCGUUUAACCUCCUCAACCCACGUCGGUCUCAUUCCAGCGUGCAUAUACAGGCAAUCGAAGAGCUCUCCGCUCCCUCUCGAUUUCGGCGUCACAGCACACAUAUACACAUCGCCUGUCCCGCUCGAUAGCAGGAAGGUCGCCGGAGAAAGGGGCGCCUUGACCUUGAAAGAGUAAGCAAGUCUCUCUGUCUCGCUCGAUUGAUUAUCAGAAAAGAGGAGAGAGAGAGAGAGAGAGAGGGGAAAAAUGCCGGCCGACGCGGAACUAAGCACACUGCUCAGCAGGAGGCAGAAGAUCAACGAGGACCUCGAGGAGGGACGCGAGGUGAAGAAGCAGUACAAGUUCGUCAACGUUUACACCGAGUUCCACGAGCUCAGCAGGCGGGAGAUCAAGCAGUACGAGCAGACCUUCAACAGAUUCGACGACGGCCGGGACGGCUUCCUGGACCUCGCGGAGCUGAAGCGCAUGAUGGAGGUACUCGGAGCCCCGCAGACCCAUCUCGGCCUCAAAGCCAUGAUCCAGGAGGUCGACGAGGACGGCGACAGUCGCAUCUCUUUCCGGGAGUUUCUGCUGAUCUACCGCAAAGCGCGAGCAGGUGAGCUUGAGUCAGACUCCGGACUGGGACAACUCGCCAGACUUACGGAGGUGGACGUUGACGAGGUUGGCGUGACCGGAGCUAAGAAUUUCUUCGAAGCCAAGAUCGAGCAGCUGCGCAAAUCGAGCAAGUUCGAGGACGAGAUUCGCAUGGAGCAGGAGGAGCGGAAACGCGAGGAAGAAGAACGCGCUGCGAGGCGCGAACAGUUCCGACAACGAGCUGCUAUUUUCGGCAAAAACUGAAGCUUCCGUCGUAAACAUCCUCGAAGAAAUAAACGCCCCCACGCGCGCGCGAGCUCGAUUCCUAUUUAAACACGCCUAUAGUACGUCGACAGGCGAAUUCGAGAAAAAUUCUUGUUGCUGAUCAUUCGGAGAUACGUGUGUUAUAUUGUAAUGUAAUGUGUCGUCGUUGAAAUUUGUGAAAAGCGUUUAUUUUUGAAAGAUUUUAUUGCGGACGACGUUUUAGCGAGAAGAGUAUUUUAUUAGUGAUUGUCAAUUCGAAAUUUUUAUAUGAACUUGUUGCGCGAAAAAAUUUAUAGGGGAAACAAGAAUUUUUUCGGGAACGCUCUUUGCGUGCGAUGUUGUACACCUAAUAGUCAAGCCAUGAAGAGCGAAGUUUAUUAUUAUUAUAUAUAUAUUAACAUACGCAUAUGUAUACAUGUUAUGUCGUUGUUGCUCGUGUUUUUACUAGACAAGUCGUGUACGGUGUUUAAUCGAAGAAGCGCGUAACGCUGCGUAGUAACUUUUUUUGCUAAUGGAAAACACGUCACAAUUAUAUACUUUAUUGAGUAUUGCCGAGGCCUAUCUCCGCCUGCGCGUCGACGUUUUUCCGAUCUCAAUAUUGUCAUCGUCGCGCUAUCUAUACAUUUUAACGGGACAAAACCAUUCGCGCGGCAAUUUUACGCACGCAUGAAAAACGUAUUCGUAACUAAAAAAACUCUGUGUAUAUAAAAUAUACCUAUAUUUAUAUUUACAUGCGAUUCAUGUAUUAUUUAAUUACGGGACUAACAUUAACUGAUCAAUGAAAAGAGGCGCCUAUGUCUAAGAGUUUUAACCGCUGCAUUUUUUAAUUAUUUUUUCUGAGUUUGAAUCAUUGUAGAAGCAGCGAACGUAGAGCCUACAUAUGAGCGCGUUUCUUUGCAAAGUUUUUAAAGCAUUUACGUCAGAUGCAUUUCGGAUUUGUUCUAAAAAAGGGGUUGAUUGAGAGCAAGAAGAAACGAUUACAAAAAAAAAAAAAAAAGAAAAAAGAAUACACACAACGACUGACGCACACAGAGACUGUAAUACGUCCCCAUAUAUACGCCUCGGCGCACCUCCUACAUUAUAGUAAUUUUAACCGUUUUUUAGAUGUUUAGGUUUGUUUGUAUUCAGAUUUUACCGCCGAGAUAAAGUAAGAUUUAGUGAGGAUUUUCUUUAGCAUAAGAGCGUUGUAUAUAACGAAUAUUGUAAGCGUGAGUCGCUGUCACUGUGUAGAUUUUAACCAGGUUUUUUAGAAUCAUUGUUAUUUUAAUGGUAAUGAUCAACCAUAAGUUGUCUGCUGCAUACUUCUUUGAGAAAUUGUAUCUAUUAUUUCUGAUAAAUAAAGUCUCAAAAGUAUCUCUAA